AUGUCGACUGAACAGCCGCUGUCUACGGGAGCUCAAACCCCGGGGGCAGACAGCGUAGUCGACCCCAAUGCAAUCGCACCCACCCCAAGAAAACAAGCCAGACCACGAGGCAAACCACAGCCAGAAAAACCCAAAAGAAGUUUAUUUUGUCUUGGAUUAAAGAACCCUAUAAGGAAAUUAUGCUAUGACAUAGUGGAGUGGAAACCAUUCGAAUAUAUGAUAUUGACGACUAUAUUCGCCAACUGCAUCGCGUUAGCCAUCUUCACACCUUAUCCAGCUAGUGAUACGAAUUAUACAAAUCAAAUUUUGGAAAAAGUAGAAUGGAUAUUCAUGGGUAUAUUUUCCGCGGAGUGUGUGAUGAAGAUCAUAGCUUACGGCUUCCUGUUCCACCCUGGCGCCUACCUGAGGAACACGUGGAACAGUUUGGAUUUUACUAUUGUUACAAUAGGUGUAGUUAGCAUGGCACUACAGUUUAUUUCAAAAGAAGCAUUCGACGUAAAAGCUUUGAGAGCAUUCCGUGUGCUAAGACCUUUGCGACUCGUCUCAGGAGUGCCAAGUCUACAGAUCGUGUUAAACUCCAUAUUAAAAGCGAUGGUGCCAUUAUUCCACAUAGCAUUUCUGGUGCUGUUCGUGAUCAUCAUCUACGCUAUCAUUGGUCUGGAAUUAUUCUCAGGGAUACUCCACGACACUUGUUAUAAGAAUGGCACAGAUGACAUGAUUGAUGAGCCAUCGCCAUGCAAUAUUGAAGGGGAUGAAACUGGUUGUCCGGCUGGAUACGUUUGCAGAACUGGCUGGGAAGGUCCUAACUUCGGGAUCACCAACUUUGACAACAUUGGCUAUGCCAUGUUAACUGUGUUUCAGUGCAUUACGCUUGAGGGGUGGACGGAUAUUAUGUACGCUAUUGCCGAUGUAAAGGGUAAUACGUGGCCUUGGAUUUAUUUUGUUACCCUUGUCAUUUUUGGCAAUUUCUUCGUCAUGAACCUGAUUCUUGGUGUGUUGUCUGGAGAGUUCUCCAAAGAAAGAGAAAAAGCAAAAAAUCGAGGUGACUUUCAGAAGUCAAGAGAACGACAGCAAUUUGAAGAGGAUUUAAAAGGUUAUCUGAAUUGGAUAACGGUUGCUGAGGAGUUGGAUUUGGAAAAUGAUCAGGGUCAGAAGGAAGAAGACCAAGAUUCACAGGGUAAAAAAGACAGAAAAAGUAACGAAGGAUCCCAGAGUCAGAUCAAUGGAGGUCCAGAUCAAAUGCAAACGACUACUUGUAAAAUGUAUUGCAGAAGGUUCGAUAAGGUGAACAGACGGAUGAGAAGGGCGUGCAGAAAAGCCGUGAAAUCGAAAACAUUUUACUGGGCCAUUAUAGUACUUGUGUUUUUGAACACUUUAGUUUUGGCCACGGAACAUCAUCAACAGCCAGAGUGGCUGGAUUACUUCCAGAAUUACGCCAACUAUUUGUUUGUUGUCCUGUUCACCAUGGAAAUGUUGGUGAAGAUGUAUGCACUGGGAUUUCAAGGUUACUUCGUGUCACUGUUCAACCGCUUCGACUGCUUCGUGAUGUUCUGUUCUAUCCUGGAAUUGGCAUUGACCAUAUCAGAUACGAUCCCGCAGUUGGGUAUAUCUGUGUUGCGUUGCGUUCGUUUACUGAGAGUGUUCAAAGUCACAAAAUAUUGGCGUUCACUCUCUAACCUGGUAGCAUCGCUUCUGAAUUCUAUCCAAUCCAUUUUCUCUCUGCUGCUUCUUCUCUUCUUGUUUAUCAUGAUAUUCGCUUUACUCGGUAUGCAAGUAUUCGGUGGAAGAUUCGACUACGAUCCAGAAGCUCAAAAAGAGAGACAUAAUUUUGAUUCAUUCUGGCAAGCUGUACUCACAAUGUUUCAGAUCUUGACCGGUGAGGAUUGGAACAUUGUUAUGUAUCAUGGCAUUAACGCUUUCGGUGGCUACGGCACGCCGGGGAUGUUGGCUUCUAUCUAUUUUAUUGUCAUCUUCAUUUGUGGUAACUAUAUUUUGCUAAACGUGUUCUUGGCUAUCGCCGUUGACAACUUAGGAGAUGCUGAAGAAAUGGAUGAAAUUCAAAAGGAGAAAGAGGAAGCAGAAAAUAAUGCAGAAGCUGGAAACCCACAACUGGAUGAAGAGAGGGGUGAAACUGAUUAUGAAUACGUCAAUGAAGAAGAAAUAUAUUCAAGUGAAGGGUCUGAUCAUGAAUACGAAGAAACAGGAUCAGAAGAAGAAGUAGACGAACAAGAGCAAGAAGGAAGAGACAAUGCAGAUGAGACGCUAGUGAGCAUAGAAAAGAAACAGAACGGUGAUGUCAAGAAAGAAGACACCCCGAAGGUUGGAAUAACUGCACGUCCAAGACGGUUGUCUGAAGUGGAGAUCAAAGCUGAAGACAAACCAAUACCCAAUGCCAGUAGUUUCUUUAUAUUUUCUAGUACCAAUUGGUUCCGUGUAACUUGUUACAAUAUACAAAAAAACUCCUGGUUCAAGAACUUGAUUUUAGGGUGUAUAUUGGCAUCAUCACUCAUGUUGGCCAUGGAAGAUCCUGUCGGUACUAAGGAUAGCGAAGAACAGACUGAGAUUCUACGCAAAAUUGACUACUUCUUUACUGCGGUUUUCACCCUUGAAUUGUUGCUGAAAGUGAUCACGUACGGAUUUAUCUUCCACAAGGACGCCUUCUGCAGAUCCGCUUUCAAUAUACUGGAUUUAGUAGUUGUAAUUGUGUCACUUAUCUCUUUGGAUGGGGCGAAUAGUGUAUCUUUUAUAAAGAUUCUGAGAGUAUUCCGUGUAUUGCGACCCUUGAGAGCUAUCAACAGAGCCAAAGGAUUGAAGCACGUAGUACAAUGUGUGAUCGUCGCUAUUAAGACGAUUGGCAACAUUUUGUUGGUGACAAACCUUCUUCAGUUCAUGUUUGCCGUCAUGGGGGUGCAAAUGUUCAAGGGUAAAUUUUAUAGAUGUACAGAUAUCACAAAGGUGACAGAAGACGCUUGCCAUGGUACAUAUUUGAUAUACGAGAAUGGAAAACCUAGACAAUUGGAAAGAGAAUGGAUUCUGAAUAAAUGGAAUUUCAACGAUGUGCUUAGUGGGAUGCUGACGCUGUUUACUGUUUCUACUUUUGAAGGAUGGCCAGGGUUACUCUCAACAUCAAUGGAUUCCAACGAGGAAGCCCAUGGUCCUAUAGAAAAUUCAAGACCCCUGGUCGCUUUCUUUUACAUCAGUUAUAUUAUCGUCAUAGCAUUCUUCAUGGUAAACAUCUUCGUAGGUUUUGUCAUAGUAACAUUCCAGAAGGAGGGAGAACAGGAGUUCAAGGAUUGUGAGCUGGAUAAAAAUCAAAGAAAUUGUAUCGAGUUUGCUUUGAAAGCGAAGCCGGUGCGAAGGUACAUUCCAAAACGUCGUAUCCAGUAUAAAACAUGGUGGUUCGUGACGUCACAGCAAUUUGAAUACGUCAUCUUCUUUUUUAUUGUGAUCAACACGGUGGCACUCAUGAUGAAGUUCCAUGGCUCCAGUCCUGAGUACAAAAAGGUCCUGGAUUUCAUCAACAUGAUGUUGACAACAGUUUUUAUGAUGGAGUUUGUUUUCAAAUUAGCAGCUUUCAGGUUCAAGAAUUAUUUUGGAGAUGCUUGGAAUACUACAGAUUUCAUUUUAGUGGUGGGUAGUAUAAUAGAUAUUGUGGUCACACAAGUACAAGAGAUUGCACCACCGGAACCCAACGUGGUUGGCAUGAACAAAACUAGUAAAGAGGGCACACUGCUUUCACUGAAGUAUAUUACCUUCUUCCGUCUCUUUCGUGCCUUGCGUCUGAUCAAGCUGUUAUCCAGAGGCGAGCGCAUCAGGACCCUGCUUUGGACGUUUAUCAAGUCUUUUCAAGCUCUUCCAUACGUCGCCUUGCUCAUUGUCUUACUGUUCUUUAUCUACGCUGUCGUUGGGAUGCAACUGUUCGGCAAGGUGUAUCCGGAUGACGAAGUUAUUACUGCUAACAAUAAUUUUAAAACCUUCGGCGGUGCUCUCAUGGUGCUCUUCCGAUCAGCAACGGGUGAAGCUUGGCAAGAAAUAAUGAUGGCCUUAUCGACAAACAAUGAUGAACGCCCAAACGCGCCGAUCCACUGCAUCAAACCGAAUAUGAAAGAGAAAGACAUGGAGCCAGAUAAUGAGAAGUGUGGUAACUGGAUGGCGUUCCCCUAUUUUAUCUCCUUCUCUCUUCUCUGUACUUUCUUGAUCAUCAACUUAUUCGUUGCCGUCAUCAUGGACAAUUUUGAUUAUUUGACCAGGGAUUGGUCAAUUUUAGGACCUCAUCAUCUUGACGAAUUUGUAAGACUCUGGAGUGAAUACGAUCCAGACGCUAAGGGACAAAUAAAGCAUUUGGAUGUUGUUACAUUGUUGAGAAAAAUUAGUCCACCUUUAGGUUUUGGCAAACUCUGUCCACAUCGCACGGCAUGUAAACGCCUGGUGUCAAUGAAUAUGCCGCUGAACUCCGAUGGAACUGUCAACUUUAAUGCGACGUUAUUCGCUGUUGUAAGGACGCAGUUGCAAAUUAAGACAGCAGGGGUAAUCGACGAAUGCAACACGGAACUUCGCGCAAUAAUCAAAAAGGUUUGGAAGAGAACAUCUCCGAAACUGUUGGACCAAGUCGUUCCACCUCCAGGUGACCCUAACGAGAUUACUGUAGGAAAAUUCUACGCAACUUUCCUUAUACAGGAUUACUUUAGAAGAUUCAGAAAACGUAAGGAGCAGGAGGCAGCUGCUUCUGAGAAGAAUAACCAGAUGACAUUGCAAGCUGGACUACGAACGUUACAUGAAGCAGGACCGGAGCUGAAGCGAGCAAUUUCUGGUAACUUGGACGAGCUCGUCGGAGAGGUUGUAGAACCGAUGCAUAGGCGGAACCACACAUUAUUUGGUGCUGUGUGGACCAGCAUUAAGAAACAUGGCAAGGAAAGUUUCUAUGGACGAGAUAAAAGAGUGGCUAUCCAAACUUCUAGUAAUGGCAAUGGUAAGGACGGUCCAACGCUGGGUAAUAUGAUGAGAAGAGAAUUAGGCAUGGAUGGCAAAAUACCAGAAGAAGAAAUGAAAAUUGAAUAUGCCAAUCAGAGUGACGAAGAAAUUCAGAUGCAGCCUUUACUUCACGGAAAAGACUCCGAAAAGAUAUUUAAAGUAAUCGAAAAAACCUCCAACGAUUUAAUGCUGACUAUGAAAAAGAACUAUCGUGACAAAUCGCAGAUACAGAGCAACAACGUGCCUUAUUGCAUAGAGAAUCCAGCGGAGAAUCUUAUUAUUCGAGUACUGAUGGAACAGGGGCUCGGCAAGUACUGUGACAAAGACUUUAUUCAGAGCACCUCGAGAGAGAUGCAGGAGGCGCUCGACCUCACGCAAGAGGAGAUGGACACCGCUGCUAACCAAAUUAUUUUACAAGAGAGAAGAGUGAGAGCUGCCCAAACCAGGCCGACUGACGUGGAGAGCAUAUUUUCAAGACAAUAUCAUCCCUUCCACCAGCCUCCGAUGCAGCCCCCACCGAGGACAAAAUAA